AUGGCUAGCUCUUUGUCUGCUGAGCAGCCACUAUGCCAUGCACACGAGAGCUCCGCCCUGUUGCAAUUCAAGCAAACCUUUUCAAUUGUCAAAUCCGCUUCUAGUGAUCCUUCUUCUUAUCCCAAGGUUGCAUCAUGGAAGCUCCAAGGAGAGAGUGGCGAUUGCUGCUCAUGGGAUGGCGUCGAAUGCGAUGAGGAUACGGGUCAUGUGAUUGGCCUUGACCUCAGCAGCAGUUUCCUCCACGGUUCUAUCAAUUCAAGCAGCAGCCUCUUCAGCCUAGUUCACCUUCAGCGACUUAACCUUGCUAAUAAUGAUUUCGAUUACUCUCACAUUCCAACAGAAAUUAGCCAUCUCUCGGAACUAAUAAGUCUCAACCUUUCCUCCUCUGUAUUUUCCGGUCAAAUCCCUUUGGAAAUCUCAAAAUUAUCCAAAUUGGUUUCCAUUGAUCUUUCUUACAAUGAGGACUCAUCAUUUGGACUACUGAAACUUGAAAAGCUUGGUCUCAGAAGCCCACUUCAAAACUUGACUAACCUCAAAGUGCUUCUUCUCAAUUACGUGAGCAUAUCUUCCGAAGUACUUGAUACAUUGGCCAACUUAACUUCCUUGACAACUCUCGUUCUAGAAAAUUGUGGGUUGCGUGGUGAGUUUCCAAUAAGCAUAUUUUAUCUACCAAACCUUCAAGUUCUUGAUGUAGGUUCCAAUAGAUAUCUCACUGGCCAUUUGCCCGAAUUUCACCCAAGUAGCCCCCUUCAGCAGUUGAUGCUUUUUCAGACUAGUUUUUCGGGGAAGCUACCGGAUUCGAUUGGAAAUCUUAAUUUCUUGAAUCAAUUAGAUUUCUCUGGCUGCUAUUUCUCAGGGUCCCUUCCAGCUUCACUCGGGUCCCUUCCAGCUUCACUCGGUAAUUUGACCCAACUCAAUUACGUGUCGCUUUCAUCCAACAAGUUUAAUGUAGGGACUCUACAAAUACUUGGUAAGCUAACUGAGCUCACUGACUUGGAGCUUAGGGACGAUCUAUACGGUUCGAUCCCAUCAGUUCUUUCAAACCUAACUCAACUUACUUAUUUAGACCUGUCCUCCAAUCUUUUAAGUGGUGAAAUAACAUCUCAUAUAACCAACCUAACCCAUCUAAUUUCGCUAGAUCUUUCAACUAAUCAAUUGCGAAGCCCAAUCCCAAGGUCAUUCUUUGAGCUAAAGAAUCUUGAAAUUCUAGAUCUUUCUUUCAAUAACCUCGGCAGCUUGGAACUUGAAAUUUUUCUGAUGCUCAAAAAUCUUACUUCUCUCGAUUUGUCUGGCUUUGAGCAACAUCCAGAUAUCCUUCCAUGGUAUAAUUUACUCGACUUAGACCUUUCUUAUAACAUGCUACAAGGACCACUGCCAAUUCCACCAUUAUCCACUGGCUCUUAUAGAGUCGCAUAUAACGGAUUGACCGGAGAACUUCCACCAUUGAUCUGUCGAUUGAGUUCUCUUCAUUUUCUUGAUUUGUCUAACAACAACUUGACUGGAACUAUUCUUCCAUGUUUGAGUAACUUCAGUGAUUCUUUGAAAGUUAAUUCCGGCAUGGAUGUUGAAUGCUUUGAGCAACAUCCAGAUAUCCUUCCAUGGUAUAAUUUACUCGACUUAGACCUUUCUUAUAACAUGCUACAAGGACCACUGCCAAUUCCACCAUUAUCCACUGGCUCUUAUAGAGUCGCAUAUAACGGAUUGACCGGAGAACUUCCACCAUUGAUCUGUCGAUUGAGUUCUCUUCAUUUUCUUGAUUUGUCUAACAACAACUUGACUGGAACUAUUCUUCCAUGUUUGAGUAACUUCAGUGAUUCUUUGGAAGUUCUAAAUCUCCAAGGCAACAACUUUCAGGGUCCCAUUCCUCACUCAUACAAUAGAGGAAGCAAAUUGAAGAUGAUUGACUUGAGUGAUAAUAAAUUACAGGGGAAGGUGCCAGGAUCAUUGGCAAAUUGUACCGAGCUUGAGUUUCUUGAUCUCUCAAAUAAUCUGAUUGACGAUGCAUUCCCCUUGUGGUUAGGAGAUCUUACAAAGUUACAGGUUCUCAUCUUGCGAUCCAACAAAUUUUAUGGUGCAAUAGAGAAUCCCAAAAUUAAGUUGGAGUUACCAAAUUUGCACAUCAUUGACCUCUCUCAUAAUGGUUUUACAGGAACAAUGACAGUUGGAGUGAAGGCUAUGGGUACACAACGAACAUUACAAACAAAGGUGUAA